AUGCGCGACCCCAGGGAAUGCUUAGCACGCGAAUCCAAACUGAGCAAUCAGGAGAAAGCCGAUAUAGUCAAAUACGCCAAACUAGUACAGAUUGAAGAGUUAACUCGGCCCUCAGAAGGAGGACCAAAGACAGCCGAGGUUCCAGACCUAGAACGAAUUCCAUCAGAGCAACUGCUAGAGGAAGUACAGUUCUUGGAGCAUCUAACUAGGGAACAACGGUUAAAAUUAGAGGCUAUAGUAAGAAAGAACGAGUUGGCAUUUGGAUUAAAUGGAAGAUUGGGAAAUUAUGACGCACAAGUGGAAAUCAAGUUAAGGCCAGGAACUAAGGAAAUAUCUUUAGCACCGUAUUCAGCGUCCCCGGCUAAGCGUGAAGUUAUUGAUAAGCAAAUCAAGGAAUGGUUACGAUUGGAAGUGAUAGAACCUUCUAAAAGCGCGUGGGGAUUCCCAGUAAUUGUAGUAUACAGAAAUAGUAAACCACGCGUAUGCAUAGACUAUCAAAGGCUCAACGCCGUAAGCAUACCAGAUGAAUACCCAUUACCUAAGCAAACAGACAUCUUACAUGCGCUCAAAGGAGCCCAAUGGCUAUCCACACUAGACGCCCUCGCAGGAUUCACGCAGUUAAGCAUCAAAGAGGAAGACCAGGACAAAACGGCGUUUAGAUGCCAUCAAGGAUUGUUUAAUUUCAAACGACUACCAUUUGGGUACAGGAACGGCACCUCACUCCCCCACGCCGUUUCAAACAUUCCAUCCACACGCUCUGGCGUCCCCCACCCAUACUCCCGUCCUACUAGCCGCUCCUCUCGACGUUCCAUUCCAACCAAUUCCCAACCGGCCUCUCGCAGCGCAUCACCCACUUUGCGAGACUUGCCAAGGAUGGAACCAGAGCCGUCCCCUUCCGCUCUCCUCAAGGCUAUCACAGCCCUCACAGCCACCGUCGGGUCCCUACAGGACCAAAUCCGAGCCCAAAGCCAACAGAUUGUUGAGCUCAGGGCCAUAUGCAGGGAGACCGCAGACCUCCUUGGAGAUAAAGACCAGGGAGCAGCCCAAGCCAAGCCUGGCCCAUCGACUGGGCCUGUCACUCCUCCCACCCACUCGGGAGGAGAAGCCCACACUCCAGGCACGGUUAGGCCUGGACUCAAGGCCCCAUUCCGGCCUUCCAGAGGAACCGGGUUCGACUCAGAGGAAGAGGAAGAACCAAGGCGCCCCAAAAAGGAGCCUCAAGGAACGCCUAGGAGGCACCUAGGGUCCCUAACCCCCUUUGACGCAGGGUCCAGCGUAAAACGGCCUAAAAUGGACCUCCCUGACCCAUAUAAGGGAGACACCAGGGGCCGCAAAGCCACCCAAUGGCUGGACAGAAUGAUGCUCUGGGUAGCCCUCCACCGGGACCAAUUUGACGAGGAGGAGCAGAUGGUUGUGUGGAUCCUCUACCACAUGACCGAUAAGGCCGCAGACUGGGCGCUCCCCAUCAUUGGGGCAAUCAUCAAAGGAGAAGGGAACCCUCCUACCACCAUCCAGGCCCUAACGGGCAAAUUCAAAGAGGCGUUUGACGAUCCAGAUGCCAAGAGGGCUGCCGCCAGGAAAAUCGCGGCACUCUCCCAAACCACCACAACCUCUGAGUACGUCACGGAGUUCCGCAAUCUCAUGGCGGAAUUAGACUGGAACGAGGAAGCCUACAUUGCGCAGUUCACGCGAGGCCUCCACUGGAAGGUGAAGGAAUUGCUAUCAACCAAAGAUAGUGUUCCUGACGAACUCGAAGCAAUUUUCGCGGCUUCCAUAAAAAUUGACAAUAUUUGCCGCAAAAACAAGGAGAACCGCCCGAAGAAGGCACCCGCCAAGUCCCCGGCCACCGUGGCCACUACCUCCACUACCACCACACAACGGGUCCGCCUAUCGGAAGACCCUAAUUACGUCACCCCGGAGGAAAGGGACCGCCGCCGCGCAUCUGGGCUAUGCGUCAAAUGCGGACAAAAGGGGCAUGGCAUCAAGCAAUGCCCUAACGGCUGGAAAGCCACAAUUAAGGAGGUUGCCAAGCCCUCGACUCCAAAAAGGGACAUUGUAGAUACCUGCGUAGAAUUUGUUUCUGUUGGACUUGACUCUAAUAAAAAACCGCUAUUGUUUAUCAAUCUACACGUCCAAAACUCCCAGGCAGACCCCAUCAAAACCCUCAUAGACUCCGGCGCCACCUCCAAUUUCAUAUCCCCAAGCGUAGUAGAAAAACUCAAAAUCCCAAAAACCCAACUCGAAAAUCCACGAGUUGUGAGAAUGUUAGAUGGUACUAUCUCCCAGACUGGUCGCAUAUGGCACCAGGUCCAACUCACGGUCUUGGCCAAUGGCCAUACCCACUCCAUUCCCUUUUUAGUCUGCCCCAUUGGCAAUACCCCGGCAAUUCUAGGCAUGACUUGGUUAACGGCAGAAGCUCCCCUUAUUGAUUGGCAACAAGGUUUAAUUACCUUCCCAGAUCAGGUCCAAAUUGCAUCAGAAGAGGAGGCAGAUCCAAACUCCCUAGCAAACCUCCCAGAACAAUACCAUGAAUUUGCCAAAGUCUUUGGUGAAGAAGAAUUCAAGGUACUUCCCCCACAUAGGGAAUACAACAUUGCCAUAGAUCUUGUCCCGGAUGCCAAGCUAUCUCCCGGUCCCAUAUAUGGCAUGACAGAUGCAGAAUCCAAGGCGCUAAAGCAACACAUAGAUGAGGAAUUAGCAACAGGAAAAAUUCGUCCUAGCACCUCCUCCGCUGGCGCUCCAGUGAUGUUUGUCAAGAAAGCCAACGGUUCCCUCCGGCUAGUUGUCGAUUACAGGAAGCUGAAUGACGUCACCCAAAAGAACCUGUACCCCUUGCCAAGACAAGACGACCUCAUGGCCAAACUGAGGCAUGCCAAAAUCUUCACAAAACUGGAUCUACGUUGGGGAUACAAUAACGUCCGAAUCAAGGAGGGUGACGAAUGGAAGACAGCCUUCCGCACCAAAUAUGGAUUAUUCGAAUACCUGGUUAUGCCUUUUGGUCUCACGAACGCCCCUGCAGCAUUCCAACACUUUAUGAAUGAUUUGUUCAGGGACCUAAUUGACGUAACGGUGGUGAUUUACCUAGACGACAUUCUCAUCUUCUCAGAAAAGCCAGAAGACCAUCCAAUCCACGUCAGAGAAGUCCUGUCCCGACUUAUGAAGAACCAACUGUUCUGUAAACUGACAAAAUGCUACUUCCACGUGACCACGGUCGACUAUCUUGGCAUUGUCAUAUCACCUGCCGGUUUCUCCAUGGACCAGAAGAAAAUUGAGGCAGUAACGUCCUGGCCCCAACCUAAAACAGUCAAGCAAGUCCAGGCUUUCCUAGGGUUUGUCAAUUACCUCCGACGAUUCAUCCCCAACUUCAGUUCGGUUGCACGCCCGCUCCAUAACCUCACAAAAAAGGAAACCCCCUGGUCAUGGGGCAACCUGGAGGAGUCAGCAUUCCAGGAAUUGAAGUCUCUGGUUACCAAAUCCCCGGUCCUGAUUCAUUCCAAUCCAGCACUACCCUAUUACCUUGAAACGGACGCAUCAGGGGUAGCAAUGGGGGCCAUACUCAGCCAACGAGGUCCAGACAACCGGUUACAUCCCAUCGCCUAUAUGUCCAAGUCAUUUUCAGGAGCAGAGGCCAAUUACGACACCCACGAUAAGGAACUCCUGGCUAUCAUUAAGGCACUGGAAGAAUGGAGGAUAUUCUUGGAAGCAACGGACAAACCGGUACAAGUCUUCACAGAUCAUAGAAACCUGGACGAUUUUAACUUUGAAAUCCACUAUCGCCCAGGAAAGCAAUCCGGGAAACCAGACGCGUUGUCCAGGAGAUCAGAUUACGUAGAUACGCCCCCAGAACCGGAGGUCAUGUUACCAGAAGAAGUCUUUGCCAAUACCUCCAAGGAAGAAGUUGAAAUUGUCACGGAAAUUCGUUCCAGACUCAGGGAGGAUCCAUCCCUGGAACCCAUCAUCCAGUUCCUGACAGAAGACGUGGACAACGCACCCCCCCCAUUCGGAAAGCUUACAGGGAUUACGACUGGGAAGAAGACCUACUAUGAUUCAGAAGUCCUGAAGGAGCAAUUACUCAGGGAAUUCCAUGACUCCCCACUAGCUGGUCAUCCAGGUCAACAGAGAACCCUUGAACUCCUAAGUCGCAAUUACUGGUGGCCAGGCAUGAAAUCAUCCGCCAAAGAAUGGGUAGAAUGUUGCCCCACAUGCCAGGCCAACCGCCGAGCCCAUGCCCCGGUCAUCACCCUCAAACCUCUGGAAGUUCCCCCCUAUCCGUUCCACACCAUUUCCUAUGACUUUAUCACCGGAUUCCCAAAGUCAAACGGUCACGACGCAAUUUUGGUAGUUAUUGACUCCUUCUCCAAAUUUGGGCAUUUUAUCCCAACUACCAAGAAGGUCACCUCCAAGGGUCUAGCGGAUUUAUUCAUCUCACAAGUGUGGAAACUCCAUGGGUUGCCGGUCAGAACAAUAUCAGACAGAGGAACUACGUUCACAGGAAAAUUCCUCAGGGCACUCUACCAACGUCUUGGAGUUAAACCAUCCUUCUCGUCAGCUUACCACCUGGAGUCAGACGGUCAAACAGAGAGAGUGAACCAGUUCAUUGAGUUCUACCUAAGGUCAUACGUUGCGGCAGACCACUCAGACUGGGCCUCGUGGUUACCAUUAGCAGAAUAUGCCUACAACAACGCAAGACAUUCUGCCACUGGGAAAACCCCCUUUGAGUUGGUAUACGGACAAAACCCUGUCAUGAACCCAUCCAACGUCCCCGCAAAUUUCCAGAAGCAGACCAAGUAG